AUGCAGCUUCCUAUUGUCGCCGCUCUCUUAUGCGCCAACUUGGCAUUUGCUGCUCCCGGCACGGCUGCGCGUCGCCAGCGGGCUGCCGAGCGUCUUGCUGAGAGGAGGGUUUCUCGUGCUUCGAACACGCUUCAGCCCGCUGACAGCGAGUUUGCGAUCGCCUCUAAGAAUGACACUGCCCAUGUCGAGUACAGCUCUAACUGGGCUGGUGCUGUCCUUAUUGGCAGUGGCUACAAGACCGUGACCGGCAGUAUUGUCGUCCCCACCCCGAAGACACCGUCCGGCGGUAGCAGCUCCCGACAGUACUCGGCAUCCGCUUGGGUCGGUAUUGACGGUGACACUUGUGACACUGCGAUUCUACAAACCGGUGUCGACUUCACUGUUCAGGGAUCGUCGGUAUCUUUUGAUGCCUGGUAUGAGUGGUACCCAGACUAUGCUUAUGACUUCUCCGGCAUCCCUAUCAAGGCUGGCGAUACCCUUACCUUCACCGUUACUUCCUCUAGCACAUCGGCUGGCACGGCCGUUAUCGAGAACACGACUACCGGCAAGAAGGUCACCCACUCCUUCUCCGGCGAGUCCGACAAGCUCUGCCAAACCAACGCCGAGUGGAUCGUGGAGGACUACUCAAGCGGUGGCAGCUUAGUUAGCUUCGCAGACUUCGGCACUGUGCAGUUCACCGGUGCUUCAGUCAAUGGCGGUACUGGAGUCAGCGGCGCGACCAUCAUUGACAUCCAGCAGAGCAGCAAGGUUUUGACCUCGUGCUCGACCUCUGGAUCCAGCACUGUGGUCUGCUCAUACACAGGCUAA